CGCAGACCGGCCACUCCACAGAGAGCAGCCGCACAGGCGGACACAAGCUGUGCAGGUCCCCGCAAUGCCAGUCGGAUUUUAAGCCUCCUGGUUCACCCCGUGAAAAGGAAAGGAGAGGACACCUUAAAAGACCCCUUUUCCCAUCUUAACCACAGACUAUCGGUCUGAAACGGGCAGGAGAAACAAAAAGAGACAUCGUUAAUUUGGAGUAAAGCGCGUCCUCCGGUGCAGCCAGCUAUAAGAGGAUUGCUGUAUCCCAAGAACUGCAACGCCGCGUGAAGUGUGUUUAGACGGGAAACAUGUCAUUGUCUGGGAAAGAAAAUAGCACUACCCCUCAUGCCAAUUACGUGGGACCAUACCGCUUAGAAAAGACCCUCGGGAAAGGACAGACAGGCCUUGUAAAGCUCGGAGUCCACUGUGUCACAUGUCAGAAAGUCGCCAUAAAGAUUGUAAACCGAGAAAAGCUCAGCGAAUCAGUGUUAAUGAAGGUGGAGCGAGAGAUCGCCAUCUUGAAGCUAAUAGAACACCCACAUGUAUUAAAGUUGCACGACGUCUACGAAAAUAAGAAAUAUUUAUAUUUGGUUUUAGAGCACGUGUCAGGCGGCGAGCUGUUUGACUAUCUGGUAAAGAAGGGCAGAUUAACACCCAAAGAAGCUCGAAAGUUCUUCAGACAGAUCAUCUCAGCUCUGGACUUCUGCCACAGCCACUCAAUAUGUCACAGGGACUUGAAGCCGGAGAACCUGUUGCUGGAUGAGAAGAAUAACAUCAGGAUAGCAGACUUCGGCAUGGCGUCUCUGCAGGUGGGGGACAGUCUGCUGGAAACCAGCUGUGGAUCUCCUCAUUAUGCGUGUCCUGAAGUGAUCCGGGGAGAGAAGUAUGACGGAAGGAAAGCAGACGUUUGGAGCUGUGGGGUCAUUCUGUUUGCUCUGUUGGUGGGCGCUCUGCCAUUUGACGAUGAUAAUUUACGAAACUUGUUAGAAAAAGUGAAGCUGGGAGUGUUUCACAUGCCCCAUUUUAUUCCACCGGACUGCCAGAACCUUCUGCGAGGGAUGAUCGAGGUUGAAGCCGGCAAACGGUUAACGCUAGAGCUGAUCCAGAAGCACACGUGGUACAUAGGGGGGAAGAAUGAACCGGAACCGGAGCAGCCGGUACCCCGGAAGGUGGCGAUCCGCAGCGUCCCUUCAGCCGACGACAUUGACCCCGACGUUCUGGAGAGCAUGCACUCGCUAGGGUGCUUCCGUGACAAGAACAAGCUGAUGAAGGACCUGUUAUCUGAAGAUGAAAAUCAGGAGAAGAUGAUCUAUUUCCUUCUGUUGGAUCGUAAGGAGAGAUACCCCAGCCAUGAAGACCAGAACCUUCCUCCUCGCAAUGAUAUUGAUCCACCAAGAAAGCGCGUCGACUCGCCCAUGCUGAACAGACAUGGGAAGAGGAGGCCGGAGAGGAAGUCUAUGGAGGUGUUGAGCGUUACGGAUGGAGGUUCACCUGUACCGGCAAGAAGAGCCAUCGACAUGACACAGCACGGACAGAGUAAGAACGUGUUCAGUAAAAGCUUGGAUAUCUCGGAUGCCAAACGCAAAGCAAAGAGCAAAGAGGAAAGGUCACGGUCCAUCAGCGGCGCGUCCUCUGGUCUCUCCACCAGCCCUCUCAGCAGCCCUCGGGUGACCCCCCACCCCUCUCCAAGGGGCAGCCCUAUCCCUACCCCCAAAGGAACGCCCGUGCACACGCCUAAGGACAGCCCAGCGGGAACGCCGACCCCUACGCCACCCCCCAGCCCCUCCAUUGGGGGAAUGCCCUGGAAGACUCGCCUCAACUCCAUCAGGAACAGCUUCCUGGGCUCGCCGCGCUUUCACCGCAGGAAACUGCAAGUUCCCACUCAAGAGGAAAUGUCCAGCCUCACGCCAGAGUCUUCCCCAGAACUUGCCAAAAAAUCUUGGUUUGGUAACUUCAUCAACCUAGAGAAAGAGGAACAGAUCUUCGUGGUUAUUAAGGACAAGCCACUAAGCUCUAUAAAAGCAGACAUCGUCCACGCCUUUCUCUCGAUUCCCAGUCUCAGUCACAGCGUCGUCUCGCAGACGAGUUUUCGGGCCGAGUACAAAUCUACAGCCGGCCCCACCGUCUUCCAAAAGCCUGUUAAGUUCCAGGUAGACAUCACGUACACCGAGAGCACCGCGGCCACCAAGGAGAACGGCAUCUAUUCAGUCACCUUUACUCUGCUCUCAGGUCCAAGUCGGCGUUUUAAGCGGGUGGUAGAGACGAUUCAGGCGCAGUUGUUAAGCACACACGACCAGCCAGGGGUCCAACAGCUGUCUGGCAGCCCAUUGAGUAACUUCUUUGACGUAAUUAAACAACUUUUUUCAGACGAGAAGAAUGGCCAGGUGCCUCUUCCACCUGGCACGCCCAACAGACACCCAUCUAACGCCCGUCAUCAUGACCCUCAGCCUAGUGACUCUAAAUGCCCGGCGGGCAAUCCCAGGGACAAUGCCAAGCUGGUGGCAUCCUUUGGGAUACAGGAGCAGCCCUAAAACUUUACCAAUCAAGCUUUUUCAAACGUACCUACAUAAAAGCACUCAAAAAUGUACAUAAUUUUAGAGGUGGUGGAAUUUAUAUUUGAACAAACUUUUGUAUGAUGGAAUGACUGUUGAAAAAACAAGUUAUGACCCAAAUCCAGGCACAUUUCCUCUUUCACCGUCUUUGCCAUGUCAGUUUGCCAGCCCCUUCCCGAACCCCUGUUGUUUCUACCCCAGAUGUGUUCAUGUCUUUACGUCUGCCUUCCCGUUUUCCUCACCUUUGUGACGGCUUGUCUUUGCUGCUAGGAAUUAUCCAGAAAACGUAUUAAAACGCUGCCCUACUUCCCUGCAUAUCCUGUGACGGACAUUUAUUGACAGACGGCACUUUUCAUGACGAACAAGCAGGUUACCAAGGAGAUGGACACUUCAUCCUUCGUCAUACUCUUCCCUUCCCACUCUCCGGUCUCUCUACGGUUGACAAGGACUAAAAUACAAAUGCACACACUACUUGCCGCUCAACCGCCUGUGUGUUCCCCUGCCAUCAUCUCAGCAUCCUAACCUGUUAAAAUGGUUGACCAGCUGGUGGGAACUGGCUGCACCAUCAGACUCUGUUCCAAAACUUAGUGAGCUGCCUCUAAGAUACCCAGACAUCCCACCUCUCCCGGAAGGUCUGGGAGUCUACCGCAUAUUGAUAGGGCAUCCCUGAUGCAAGCAAAUUAUAUACAAUAUCCCGGAAAUCAAUCGAGCGAGAGAGAAAUCCUGUUUUCACCUGGUAUUAAGAUCCGUUUUCUGUGAGCCGAUCUCAUGUGGUCAGCCAAGACACAUUACCGUUACACCUGGUAUUACAGUAUCACGCGUUUCAAAUGCGUCUUCUCUGAUCACUUGCUUUUGGAUUUUGUGGAGACCCUCACCUCUUUUUUCGUCACACGCAACUACAUCACUUUCACUUUGGAGGGGGUGUUGUAGCAUCUCCCGGAAAUUUAGUUUUUUCAGGGUGGGAUGUCUGGAUACCUCACAUUGAUCACAUUAUAAUGCAGUCCUUUAAUACAAUGCAAUAAACUUUUUACAAAAAAUUCAUUCAACAUGGCAGGCUAAGCACUUUAAUCAGUCUAAUUAAAAUAAGGGCUAUAUUACCCAAUAUUUAUGUGUUAUAGAAAAUAAGUUUUAUUUAUAUAUAUCGUCUUUCCGUAGCUUAAGGUCGCAUUACAUUGUACAUUACAAUACAUUUGCACACCCACAUACACAAUGCAAACACAUAAGGCUACAUAUAGCCACAUGUAUUUUUAUGCACAUUAGAGUAUGGAGCUUUUAGCAUAUAGCAACAUGCUAACAUAAAAAACUGAAUUUAUUUGAACUGUGCAGUUGUUAGCUAAGCAUUAUGGAAACUGUACUGAAGUCAGUUCGAGUUUCAGUACAUUUACCCUGCUGCUAAGCUAACAACUGCACAGUUCAAUUGAUUUCAACAGAGUACUGUUCAUAUGUCACACCGAGUUACUAUCUAUAGGGGCUUUCGCACCGGAGGAGCCUUUUCAUAGUUUCUAUAACUAUUGGCUGAGGUACCCGGAUUUUGCCGUGUUCGCACCACAGGAACUAGGAAUGAUUUUAGUUCUACAAACUCCUUUUGGGGGAAUUAAAUUAGCUCCUACUUCAGAGUAGGGCCUAAACCAGCACUAUAGGAACUAACAGUGACACAAGUGUAUGUUGAUAUGUCAAUCACCAGCACCCGGCAUUUUUAAAAAGCCGUGUAAACAUGUUUACUUCACAAACAUGGAAAACAGCAAAAACGGCAUUUACCUGUUCUCUGCCUCGAUGAUAUGUAAUACUGAAAGUUGUCAUAGGAGAUUUCGUCUCUUAGCCCCACUUUUUGCUCUUUCAGUCACGUAGAUUUUGCGUUUACAUUUCACUUCCGUCAUCACGAAACCCACGACACACAACAAACACAGCUCUGAUCACGGCAUCCUCCAUCGACUGGUUUUUAACGUUUGUAAAUGCUGCACUUAAAGACUGUUGUCGGCCACUUCAGAGUUCCUAUUCCCGGUGCGAAUGCAACUAGGAAUAUGGCCCGGGGGAGAAAUCCUAGUGGCUAGUUCCUAGAACUGAGUUCCUAGAACUAUUCAGUGUGAAAGCCCUUUAUGAAGAGCAUUUCAAAUAAGUUGUUAGCUUAGCAACAUGCUAAUGGCAAACUCUACUGAAAUCAAUAAUGAAUGGAGUCUCCAGUGCGCACAGUGUGAGGAGCACGUUUGUGUCAUAUGGAGUUGCUGUCUAUGAAAAACAUUUUAGAUAAGUUGUUAGCUUAGCAACAUGCUAAUGGAAAACUUUACUAAAUCAAUUGAGAAUUGAGUCUCCAGUGCGCAAGCUGUUUGUAUGUCACGCAGAGUUGCUAUAGUUGAGGAGUGUUUUAACUCAGUCACUUAUUGUUACGAUUCAGAAAUCGAAAUCAUAAGCCUGGUUCACAUAAUUUUGGCCAUGAUUUUGCUGUCUAAGACUAAUUUUUAGGAAUUGUAAAAGAGUUCUUUCAUUGUAAAAAUCUGGAAAAUCAUCAGAAACAAAUCAUGAGUGUAUCUUGCUUUUGAAAGCAGUAGACAACAAGGCAGCUCACUAGGUUUGGAACAAAUUCACAUUCAAAAUACUAGAAAUGAACACACACUCGCACAACUCUAGGAUGUUUGCACUCAGAUUCAUAAAGACCAUAGGAGAAGAAACUAAACACAUCGAGAAGGAAAAGAUGACUUUGAAGAGCUUGUCCUGGGGGAUGUGGAUUUUUUCAAAUUGUAUUGAUUCCAUUUGUGCUCUCUUUUAUUUAUUUAUGAAUUAGUUUGAAGAACAUCACUUGAUCUUAAAUCAUUGCUGCAAAAGGACUGAAACAUGGUUUUCAGUGAGUUUGGGACUCGGGAUGGGGUGGGGGGGAAUAGUACUGAAUGAAUUUAUCCUAAUGAAUGAAUCUCUGUUGUACAGAUUGAACAUAAUUAUGUACAAAUAAAAUGUCUAGAUGUGACACUAGGUUUAGUUCUGUUGUAGAUUCAGAUUUGAAAUCUUGUGUUGCUAGUCUUUAUUUAAUUAUUAUUUAAUCCUUGUAUUUCUGUAUUUAUUAUGUGAUGGAACAAUUUGUUUCAUUUAAUCAAUUUACUUUGACACUGAAAUACAGUGUUUAAUUAAUUAUUUUAUUUUUUUUCUGUUUUUUUUUUUUUCUGAUCAUUUCUCAUGUUCGCUACCAGCAGAUAAAAAAAAAAUGUUGAAUACAUUGUGGAUAUUUUUGUAUUUCUCCUUCUGUUUUAUCUCUGUCCUUAUUUAUUAUCAUCCAGUUAUAUACAGUAUAUAUAUGAGAACUUGAAUGUUAUUUAUUUAUUUAUGACAAUAAUGUGUUUGUUUGUAUCAGGGCAACACAAUUUUGUUCGUUUAAAGGAACUUUCUAAUGUCUUGAUUUGUAAAAGUACCGUGGACUUUACGAAUCUUUCUUUCCUAGCUUCAAAAGAGAACAAAAUAGUAUGUAAAAACAAACAAACCACAAAAAAGCAAAUUUAACAGUAAUUUAAGAAUGUAGUUUAGCCUCUAUGGGAAGGGAAUGAACUUCUCUAUCAAUGUCAGCUUCAUAUCAUUGUGUGUGUACAAUGGAUGACAAAAAAAAGCUGUUCUUGGAUCAGUUCUACUGUAAAUAUGAUGUUAUGGCCUAAGGGAAACUCGAAGGCCGUUCCUGCUCUUUGCUUUUUGACUUGUAUUGCUGUGUGCAUGCACGCAUUUUCUUUGCAUGGCUUUAGCGUAACUAUUCUCAAAAAUCGCGCUAUUUUCUCAGAACUGCUUUCCUUACAUCUUUUAAUGGGAAAAAAAAAAGAAAAACACCUGCCAUCACCUUUAACCUCUGUUAGUCUCUCUGCGAUUUUUCAUUCUCUUUCUGUUUUCUAAUAUGUGCGCUGUAAGCGAGUGACGCAACACUGCUUUUGCUCGCUUGCAGUGUCUUUGUAGUAUCCGUUCUGUUUAUAAAAUGCUUCCUUUUGUCUGUACCAUGUACCUCGACCAGGAAAGAUUCGGAUGUUCACGGCCCCCUUUUUACAGACAGCUUGUUUAAAUGAAACAAUAAUAAAGCAAUACCUGUUGUGAA